AUGUCCACAGAGCAGGCUCGCACUUUGCUCUACCUGGCGCUGAACGCUUUCAGCAGCAUCGGGAUCGUGUACACGAACAAAGUGAUCUUUACGCGGCACGGCUUCAGCUAUGGCACUCUCCUGACGGUGAUUCACUUCUUCAUCACGACCCUCGGGCUGUUCAUUUGCCGCAUGAUGGGUGUCUUCGAGCCGAAACGCAUACCUGUACUCAAGAUCCUCCCCCUUUGCGUGGGCUUCUGCGGUUUCGUGGCGCUGAACAACGUGUCGCUGGUCUACAACAACAUUGGCUUCUAUCAGCUCAUCAAAGUGCUGACGACACCCAUGCUGGUUGUCAUUCAGACCUUAUUCUAUCAAAAGACGUUUUCCGCGAAAGUGAAGCUCUCCUUGACGGUCACUUGCAUUGGCGUGGCUCUCUCCACGGUGAGCGAUACCUCGGCCAACUUUUCGGGUACGGUGGUAGCCCUCUCGGCACUUCUUAUUACGUGUAUGUAUCAAAUUUGGGUGGGGACGAAGCAGACUGAGCUUCACUGCGACAGCUUUCAGCUUCUCUAUAAUCAGGCACCCAUUUCGUGCGCUAUGCUGAUGCCGAUGGCCUACUUCGCCGACGAUCUUGCAAACAAGUACUACACACCAUGCUGGCCCACUAUCAUGCUGAUCACCUUCUCAGGCUUCCUGGCGUUUUUUGUGAACAUCUCCAUUUUCUUGGUGAUAGGCAAGACCUCCCCCGUGACGUACAACGUGCUGGGGCACUUCAAGCUGUGCGUCAUUCUCUCUCUCGGCUUUCUGUGGUUCGGCGACCAGAUGAAUGCACGUAUUUUCCUUGGCAUUCUAAUUACUCUAUCCGGAGUGUUCUGGUACACGCAUCUGAAGAUGCAAGAAGGGGAAAAGGAGGAUGCCAAGGUCCUGGGGAAGCACGAGGAACACCACGUCAAUGGCGGUGAGGGGGAUGAAAAGUACGUGUAG